AUGGCAGAUGGUGUAGUGCUCCGAGCACAUGAAUACUACUUGUGGAUGUUCUAUAAGAUACAGCAUGGCCACUGGCCACUGCAAUUCCUCCGAUCCAGUGACACCACACCAUCUAUCAUCGGCAAUGGCUUCCAUUUCCUGGCCCGUACUGCUGUUCAUCCUAGUAUCAGCACAAAACUCUACACUACAUCCGCCACCACUGGUGGUCAUGGUGAUAACCUCACUGCUGCUGCUUUUGAGUGCCUCCCUGACCAGGCCGCCUCGCUCCUCCGGCAGAAGCGAUCGUUCUCCUUCGACUAUGCCACCACCACCCUCCUGUCAUGGGAAGGCGACGGCACCGAUUGCUGCUGCUGGGAAGGUGUCGGCUGCGACACUGUGACCGGCCUUGUCAAUGCUCUCAAUCUCAGCAGCCGUGGCUUGUACAGCUACGGCAUCGACCCAGCACUCUUCAACCUCACCUCCAUGAAACUCCUCGACCUCAGCAUGAACGACUUCGGUGGGUCGGAACUCCCAGCUGCAAGGUUUGAGAGGCUCUCUUCGACCAAGGACCACGAUAUAGUAUUGGAUAGUUAA